AUGGCUCGAGAGGUGAUGCUGAGGGAAGAUAGAGGCCCAGGAUGGGCGAGGGCAACGCACGGCAUAAAUAACCAGCUCGCUUCCGUUCGAAUGCGAAACGUGUUUUGCCGUGGCUCAAACGAGUCGGUCUGUAGCGCUCAGAAAUGGACUUGGGAUGGCAUCUUGAACGGGCUGAACAGAGAACUUGGCAAUUCUUUCAGUGCGGAAAACCAUGAAGCCAUACAGAAAGUCAAUAGGCUCAACACCCACUCUGGUACACUUGCAUCCUGGACAACCAAUUCUGACUCUCGAGUCCCGGUUGGGGGUAAAGGACAACGAUACAUCGUCUACUCAUCCUCUCAGCCAUCGAUCGCUCUGGGCAAAUCUCGAGAUUGCCAAUGCAUGCGCUCAGUGCUCAGUGGCGAGUGGAAAGCCCUCGCUGCGAUGACGAAGCGCGAUACCGAUGAAGCACGGCAGCGUCUCGGUCGCGACGCCGACAAAACACGAUGGCAGCGGGCUAUGACUCCUGUCACGCAGAUAAUGGAUUGGAUGAUGGCCGGUGCCGUUGCCAGGCAGGCUGAUUGA